AUGGCGCCCCAAUCUUGCUUUCUUCUUUCUCCAGACCACAUCUACGUGGAUUCUCAAGCCUUGCUGGCAAAGGAAACGGCCGUGACGGCGUCAGCGUUGCCUCUUGUGCAAAAGGGCACUGCGGGGGAUCUGCGCGCAUGCGUCAAUUGGGAAAACAGAGUUGAGGCUAACCAGCGAUAG